CUCUUCCGGCAUGAAGACUUCCGACGUCUUCUUGUUGCGCUGGUUGUCGACAAGGCGCACGUCAUUGCACAAUGGUCCGAGACAUUCCGCCGCGACUACGGUGAGCUCUCGCAGUUGCGCAUCUUAACGGGGACAGACAUACCAUGGGGGCUGGUCUCAGCAAUGUUUCCGACCCAGGUCUUCAAUCUAUGCUUCAAGUCAGUUUGUAUGGGCGAAAACCGACCUUUCUGGGGACUCGAUCUGGGGACCGAUCGACCAAACCUCUUGCAAAUCAUACGCUGGAUGAACUAUUCGUAUGGCUCUAUGUCAGUGUCGCGGCGACUAGGCGUGUAG